GUUUAACACAACAGUUGCUUCCUAAGGAGUUGGAGAGAGAGAGAAAAAAGAGAGAGAUGGAGAAGAAGCUAACAGCGUUGAGCCAUCUUUUUGUCACGGUAUUCCUGUCAGGGUUUUCAACUAUAAUAGUGGCUCCGGCCAUCAUCGAUGUUACUAUGUUCUCCCUUUGCCCCGGCACUGAUGAAUGCUCCCUCGCCAUUUACCUCUCUGGUUUCCAACAAGCUAUCAUAGGACUAGGGACGGCCUUGAUGAUGCCAAUUAUUGGGAAUCUAUCGGAUCAGUAUGGAAGAAAAGCUCUACUUACAUUGCCUAUGACAUUAUCCAUUAUUCCCCUUGCUAUAUUGGCAUGCAACAGAACGACCAAUUAUUUUUACGCCUACUUUGCCUUCAAGACCCUCACUGACAUGGUCUGUCAAGGCAGCAUUAACUGCCUUGCUCUUGCUUAUUUGGCAGACAAUAUUUCAUAUAGGCAACGAGCAUCUGCUUUUGGAAUUCUAGCAGGAGUAACCUCAGCUGCAUAUGUCUGUGGAACCUUAGCAGCUCGUUUUCUCUCCACUGGCUUAGCAUUUCAGGUUGCUACAUUUGUAUCCUUGUUUGCUGUAGUGUACAUGAGAAUAUUUCUUGAAGAAAGCAUACCUGCAGAUCAGGGUGAAGGGAUCACCCAACCAAUCUUGAAAGACGGGGAAGAAGAUAAUGUCAUCCAAAAUGAUGAUAAUGCACCUACAAAGGUGCCUCCAUUCAAGAAAAUUCCAUCCCUGGGGGAUGUUAUUUACUUGAUGAAGAACAGUCCAUCAUUUGCUCAAGCAGCAAUUGUUGCUUUCUUCAAUAAUCUUGGAGAAGGUGGGAUGGAAUCUUCAUCAAUGUACUAUUUAAAGGCUCGUUUCCACUUUAACAAGAAUCAGUUUGCUGAUUUGAUGCUAAUUGGUGGAAUUGUAGCAACCAUUUCACAGUUGUUUAUCAUGCCCUUACUAGUAUCUCCCAUAGGAGAUGGAAGGUUGCUUUCAAUAGGACUCUUUGCCUCCUGUGUAUAUGCCAUUCUUUACAGUAUAGCCUGGUCAGCUUGGGUCCCAUAUGCAGCCGCUGCAGUGUCUACUGUGAUGGUCUUUGCACCACCAUCAUUACGCAGUAUUGCAUCAAAACAAGCUGGCCCCAGAGAACAGGGGAAGGCUCAAGGAUGCAUCUCCGGAAUAAUUUCUUUGGCCAAUAUCAUGGCUCCACUAAUUUUUAGUCCUUUAACAUCAUUGUUUCUGUCUGAAGGGGCACCAUUUCAUUUCCCUGGCUUUAGUAUCAUUUGCAUUGCAAUCACUUUGAUGAUUGCCUUCAUUCAGAGUUUGAUGAUAGGGAGAGCUCCUUCAACUAGCAAUGCAGAAAACAGCACGGAGGUUUAGUUAGGAGGGAUCCAAGGAAUGAAAUAUAUAUAUACACAGACAAAUCAUUGGUGGUCAGAAAUCCUCUGCACUUGGUUAACAAUGGAGAAUGUCAUCAAAGUGUCAUUUAUGCAAACAUAGAACACAACUAUUUAAAGAGAUUGUUGGAAUUAACUAUAAUUCAUAUGCAGGCCGAAAGGUCAGGGUACAAUGUUAGGACGACGGACCUAGUACUCUUAAUAGGGAUACCCGUCUUAUAGAGUAACACUUUAAUGUAACGCUUCGCUCUUGGUAGCUAUAUCUUAAUGAGCGUAGCUCAAUAGUAUUGCUAUUAGAGGCUAGGUGACAAGAAGGCAAUUGGUUGUAACUAUAAUCUGAACCCCUAUUUGAACGCCCUAAAAGCUCAUAGGGGAGGGUAGGUCGACCUACCUGGCUCUAGUUGUAUGUCCCCCUAAAAAACGGGCACAGUAAAUACAUAGCAAUAUGGAUGCUUUUCAGUUCAAACUAGUUUAAUAAUGAAUUUCAUCUCUUUUUUAAUAAGUCCAA